AUGAGCAUCGUACACCUCUUUCGUCAACCGUCCUCACCUCUCGCCGAGGAACCCAGAUUACUUCGAGUUACUUUGACGGAUGAGAAAGACAUCGAGAACGUUCUUCUUUCUAGUUACCUUCUUGGCAAAGUUUCGAGUCGUAUAAAAAUACUUCCUGAUCGACCGUGGAUCGAACGUAUGCGCCAUCGCACGAACCCAGUAGAUGCACACGAGUUGGAUUAUAAACGAGUUGCAUUGAUUCACGGAGUCCCGAAAUUAAACGAUCCAGACGAAUCUACAUACCAACAAAACGAUUGUAAAGAGUGGAGGUUUAUUCAAGAGUUGAUUGGAUGCCAUAAUAUUUUCACCACCUCAGUCAGCCAACUUCCGUAUUCAGUAAACUACCGUGGAAACGAUCCGAGGAAAGUAACCUUCAGUACCCCGGAAAUGGUCACAUCGGUCUUGCAGGCAUGGUAUCAAAACCGAAGAAGAGGACCACCAGAAGUACGCCUCAGACCACUGUUGAAUGGUGAAGUUAAACGAUGUCCGCAUUUUUAA